AUGGCGAGUGUUAGCGGAAGCGGAUCGGUAAGCCUGGUUUUGAACCACAGUGCGUUCAUAGGAAGUGGAGUUGAACACCGUGCCGUUUUUCUGGAGCCAUGGUCUUCUUCUCCUCAAUUUGGGGCUAUAAUGGUGGAAGCCGAAACCAGAACCAGUAGCGAUAACCGAAUCGCCCGCCAUUCUCGUAUUCGUUAA